GCUUUAGCAGCGACUACUCGGACAUUUUGAUCUUCCUGCGAAAGUUGGUGAGCAAUGGAGACAUAGCGUCUAUGGAGCGGGUUUUACAUGCUUUGAAAAAAUUGGAGAGGACCAGCAGCAGAAGUGGCCGAAUGUCAGAUUCCGUAUCAGCCAUCUCCCCAGCCCACCCUGGCUGUGGUACAGCUGUGAAGAGAACAUGCUAUCGCACGCAUGACUAUGAACGGGUGGAGAUCUGUGCUAAAGUUGGUGAGCACCGUCGCCAUGAACUCGGUCCGAAAUGCCUGGCCGACAGACGGACGGCAUUGCUGCAAGCGUCUCGGUCACCAGUUCAGAGGCAAGCAGUAGUUUAUGCUCCGCCGGAUAUCCGAGAACUUGUUAAUAUGGAGUGUAGAAGUCGAACCAAUGAUACUGAUACUGAUUACUUUGACUUGACGUUGCUGCACUGCGCCAUUUUUACCGGCAAUGAGAAGAUGGUAAAAUGCUUGUUGAAAUGGGGAGCUGACGCAACAUCAACUUUGGUCUUUGAGUUUGGUGGAGAUUUUCCCGGUCACGCUUGGAAGCACACUCCGAUUGGUGUUGCCGCUGUCCUGAAGCAUGCUGGUGUAGUGAAGUGUCUUCUAGCAAGCGGUGCAUCGCCAUAUGAUGGUGGCAGUUGGGGCCCCCGGCGCUUCUACACGUACGGUUUGUGUAGAUAUGACGCUGCAACUUGUGAAGCACUGUGUCAAAACCCCAAGUACCCUCCGCCGGUGUCAGAGACAUGGAGUUCCCAACAGCAUGGUUGUGAAGAAUGCUUCAUGCGCAUGCUGCCCUACUGCCGUUGGGACACAGCAUGCUGUAGGGGAGGACUUGGUACUAUCAUGAUAGCCCAUAUGAAGCGGGUGCCAGAGCUAUUCCGAGAAUCAUUCCUGGGCAUGGCCAGUUUCACCGUCACUGAACGAUUAUGCAAGCGGUUUUGGUGUGCACUCAACUUGAGGAAAGCUUGUUACAACAACGCGUACAUCUAUGAGAGGCUUCAUGGAAAAGCAAUAGACACUGCCGAGCUCACCAGUUUUGCCCAUUCUCUUCUCCAAGAGGGUACGGAUCCAGCUGGUUUGUCAAUCUCCGAUGCGGAUGCACUGUGUAGCGCAUGGCUGCAGCUCAGUAUUGAGCAGGCCGAGUUGCAUGGCCACAGGCCACCUGUAUCAUUUAUGAGCAGAGAGAGACUUAGUGAGGCUAGAGACCGCUAUCUUGCUUACUUUCACUCGCGAGCUGCAGUUCUGGCUACAUGUGUCAAAGAUGAAACAAAGCAACAAGUACUAAAGAUUCUCCCUAGAGUUGACCCUCAUCUAUCCGUGACUACAUCUGCUGCAUACUUCAGUUUCGGUACGCCACCAGUUGUUCACAGACUUCUGUUGACGAGAACAGCCAAAGAUCCUGUUGUGGAGCUGCUGGUGAAACAUGGUGGUCUUCCUGGUAUAUCAAGUGUCGACGAGAUACCAUUUGUUGAUGGAUGUCUUCACGAUGGUCCAUCCUGCUACUGCAAUGUGGAGCUAUCAGCUGCUCAGCGGAAAUGUGGUGACUUCUGAACAAUGAGGCAAUGGCAUCAAGUCAGUAGUGUGCAGUGUGUGGCUGUCUCUCUGCCAAUGGAUCUGUGACAGCCGAAGCCCGAUGUUGCAGUUUGCUGGUUAUGGCCA